AGCACACCAAGUGAUGUUGAGGCACAAGUUCUUUGAGGAACCACAAGCUCUCACUUCCCUUCUCUCAUCCCCAACUCCAUCACACCUCCAUCUCCCGUGUCCUUCUCAUCCGAUUGCCUUCGGAUAACAAGAGCAAUCGAUAGCUCUGAUUGCGGUUUAUUCCCCUUCUCUGUCUUCUCCUUGAAGCAGAGAAGCGAAUGAUUUCAUUGCUUUCCACCAGGAUGCUUCCUGUUUGCUCCGCCGCUCCCAGUUGCUCUUCUUAUUAUCAGCUAUCUUGUCAUGUAGGCACAAGAGCAUUUUAUCCAUUUCAGAAGGCUAUACAAGAGAGAAACUUUAUUGAGGAAAGGCUCUUCCUUUGCAUCCAUGAUGGAGUUCAUGGCCGGGAAUCAUCUUCGAGACUACAUGCUGCAAAAUGCAUGAAUUCUCUUGUUGUGGAAACCCCCGAUGAUCAUGGUUCCUAUGAUUCAUCCAUAUUGUCUCCAUACAACAAUGAUUUUGAUGACAUAGUGCGCUCAUUUCCAAAAGAAUAUUUUGAUAAUGACACUCAAAAUCCAACCAACUCAUCGUCAGAAGUGAUUGGACUCUGGCCUACAAGUGAGGAUUUACCAGGAUCCAAAUUUCCAAGCAGUAAAUUCAGUGGUACUAUUGAGCAUAAGAUAAGUAACAAUCUUAUGGAUGCACCACCAAGAUCAUCUUAUGCAGAGCUACCGUCUACAGCUUCCCCUGGUGGAUAUGAACUUCUGAACCUUCCUGACUCUCUUAGUCAAGGUUCAACUGGACUGUCUGCGUCUUCCUCUUCUGGCUUUACAUUUGCAGCUGAUAGUAUUCCCAGUAUUUCCCCUGAGGAUUCACUGCCAGUUUCUGGGUCACUUGAGCAAACAAAUGGGGAUUUCCCUAGUCUACGACAAAGCGUUGAGGAUUUUUUUUCUGGAGCUAGUGAAUCAGUGGAAACAUCUGUGGCUAGAUUAGAAGAUACUGUGAGAAAAGCAUAUGAUUCAUUCACGUUCACAAUUUCAGAUGCGGUUGAGAGUGUUAAGAAUUCGUUUGACAAUGCAAUCAAUGGUUUAUUUUCUACAGCUUAUAACACCAAAGAGCAAGCUGGUAGUAACUUGACAGGUCUUUCAAGUGAAUUGGGAGAGAAUGUAUACAAGGCAAGUGCUUUCACUAUUGAUGUAUUGAGGAGAACAAUUUUCACCGUGGAGGAUUCUUUGACAAAUGUGUCUAGGUAUAUUGUUUAUUUCUAUGGAUCAGCAAAGUCUUCUUUGCCACCUGAUGUUAGGAAUACGCUGAAUUUAUCUGAAGACAAAAUCACAGAAAUCUUUCAACCUUUUGGUUCUGCUGCUCAACAGGCGUCCAAAAUAAUUGAAGAAUUUGAAAAAAAUGUUGGCCUGGAUCCCAGUGACCCAGUUGUCUCAUUUGUACUUCUCCUUGGAGUUUCAGCCACUCUUGGGGUUUCUUAUUGGCUAUUGGUAUAUGGCGGAUACUCUGGAGACAUAUCUCCUGAAUUGACCUUGGAGCUUCUAAAAAAUGAAGAUGGCACCGUGCUCAUUGAUGUCCGGCCUGAGGCUUUAAGGGAGAAAGAUGGUGUUCCUGACCUCCGCCGAGCAGCUCGAUCUCGAUAUGCAAGCGUAGUUCUCCCUGAGAUUGAUAAUUCCCUCAGGAAGCUGUUGAAGGGUGGAAAAGAAAUAGAUGAUACUCUGAUGGCAACUGUCAUCAAAAACUUGAAAAUUGUUCGAGAUGGGUCAAAGAUCAUUGUUAUGGAUACCAAUGGUAACCGUGCUAAAUCAAUUGCCAGAUCCUUGAAAAAACUUGGUGUCAAGAAACCGUACUUGCUACAAGGGGGCUUCCAAUCAUGGGUGAAGAAGGGUCUCCGCAUCAAGGAGCUAAAACCUGAAAGUACACUGACUGUACUGAAUGAGGAAGCUGAAGCUAUCCUUGCAGAUGUCAAACCUACACCAGCACUUGUUGUUGGAUCGGCACUGGGCCUUUCUGCAGCCUUCUAUGCGUUAUUAGAAUGGGAGAAGACAUUACAGGUCAUAGCUAUUAUUGGACUUGGGCUGACUGUCUACCGACGAUUUGCUUCAUAUGAGAAGUCAGAGGAUUUAAAGGAGGAUAUGAAGUUGCUAUUCUCUCCUUUCAAAAAGGGAGCUCAAGCCAUUUCCUGGGCAGCUCAAAAAUUGGAGCCAAACAAGAUUGGGUUACAAACAUCUCCCUCAUCGACGGCUGUCCAAGAUCGUGUCCUCCAGGCAGCAGCGAAGCAUGAAUCACAACCAUCUGAUUCCGAGACUGAAAACCUCCCGGAAUCUGCAAGUCAGGCUUCAGAAGCUUAGAACUUGGCCUAUCCUGGUAUUCCUCAAUCUAAACAUUCUCUAGAGGGUUUCAGAUGUGCUGUAAUAAAUAAUGCACAGAUGAUUCCAUUGUCAAGAUUUAACAUGCUUGUUAUGUGUCCUUUCUUUGGUGAUGUAUGAACAACUCAUGCUAUUGAUUUUUCUGAAAUUAGAAUCUUGUUUGCAAUCUGAAGUUGCAAGGAAUAAUGAGCACAUGAAUUCUUUUGCAUGACAUGAUAAGUCUCAUUGUAUCAAAUAUUUUGGCUU